CUUUGGGCGUGCCUGUAUGAUACCUUACGUCACGUCACCCUAACCUGUCAAAUUGUUUGUAUUGGCAAGUUGUCGGUGGCCGCAUAAAAUGUACCAAUAAACUAAAAACAAUUACCCAUAUAAAGUAAUAAAAUAAAAGUCGAAAUGGCGGCUGGUGAACUGAUGGAAAUGGAAUUGGGAGAAGAGAGUACCGAGGAGAUGGACGACGGACUGGACAGCGACGACGGAGUUAUCCUCGAGGAGAGGAUUGAUACGCGCCAUCAGAAUAAAAGAAGAGGAUUCGCCACUGGAAUUGACAUUUUCUCGGAGGAGGAGAGAAAGAAAAUGCAGGAACGUGCAAAGAGAUUUGGCCUGAGCAACAACCUGGAGGAGAACGAGGAUGGUCUGUACUCAAGUCUGGGAGUUACUGAGGACAAUGAGAAUCCCAGAAACAUCAGGCUCAAUGUUCUCCACAUGAGGGGAACUGAGGAGAUGAGCACCAAAGACGUCUUCAAGUACUUUGAGCAGUACCCAGCAGCUGCCAUCGAGUGGAUAAACGACGUAUCCUGUAAUGUUGUUUGGUUGGACAAUGUGUCAGCUGCUAGGGCCCUCCUGGGCCUCUCCAAGAGGAUCAUCGGGCUUACAGAUCAUCUCGAGGAACAAGAGAAGGGUAAAUACACCCAUGAGGAUGAUUUGGUGAAGGUGAACGACACAAAGAACGAAGGGAUCUGUCUCAAGGACAUUGACUGCCCUCUUCCCCCAGGAUUGUGGAGGAAGGGAGUGGAUUUUGCUAAAUCUAAAGGAAUUUUCCUCAGGUUUGCUACCAGGAAUGACAAGAAACAACCCAGGGCUGAGAAAAUGAGCGAAUACUACAAGAAAUAUGGAAAUCCGAAUUUUGGAGGGAUGAGAGGAAUAUUAACAGAAUCGAGAAAAAGGCAAUACAAGCAGAUAAAAAACUCGAGACCGAGGAGACCGAGUGAAACGUCAGGGAAUGAGGAAGAUAAGGAACGAGGGAAAAAUCCCUGGGGUGAAUUAUCAGAGAGCUGGGGGAGUCACGAGGACGUGGAGGACAAUUACGUGAGGAGAGGUCUUCCAGAGCGACUUGAUCGAGGAAAUGUAAAAUUCAGAUUGGGCUCAAGGCACAUGGAAACCGAGAAGAGAGAUGUGCAGUCAUCCCCAGAAGAAUCUCAGAGCUCUGACAGUGAGGAGGAGUGGGCGAGAAAGAGUAAAGUCCCGAGAAUGAGGAUGCAUGCUGACGACGAGGAGGAAAAGGUGAGGAAGAAGAAGCUCAAGCAGUUGAGCAGGCAUAAACAGGAGGAGGGUGCGGAUCUUAGGUCUCGUUUGGGGAGGAGACGACCACCUACCAUUUACAGGGAGGACAUACAGGUGAUCGUGACUAAUACUCCGGACAAAUAUCGAGCCAGGAGGGAGGAGGAUGUCGAGGAAGUUGCGCCCGAGGAGGUGGAGAAGGAGGAGGGAGAGUGGGAGGAUGUCCAGGGGGAUGCUCAGGUGGUUGAGGAGGAGGAGGAGGAGGAGGAUGAAGAGGAGGAGUCCAGCAGUGAUAGUGAGAUCGCUGUGAAGGAGAUCCAGGGUCCAAAAGGGAGUGUAAUUAAAGUCGUUCCAAGGUCUAAACCAAGAGUUGCUUCCACUGUUUGGGCGAGACUCAAUGAUACCUCACGAGAGAGCGGAAAUCCCAGGAAAUUGACAGACUUAAGGACUCGUCUGGGUCUUCACAAAAGAGAGCGAUCUCCCCUGAGGAUAGAAGUGAAAAAUGAAAAAUACGAGAAAAGAAAUGACUCGGAAUAAUUUUUUACACGUAUUGCUGCAUCGCAAUCUGCGAUAGCGACAAUUACAUUAUGUAAAUUAAGACAUUUUUUCACGAUAAUUGACAAAACGCAUGAUAAAAACACCGAGGACAUAAUAAAAAACAAAGAUAAAAAUCGAGAGACGAGUCUGCAAUCCGUAAAUUUCAUCACCUUCUUACGAAUUUUCACUGGUAAUUCAUUAUUAUUAUUUCCUCACCUUUCUGCGUGCAAUGAAUAAUUAAUCAGGCGUAAUUGAAUUCAAUUGGUCAAUAAAACCACUUUAAUUUCCAUUAGCACAAUAAUACUUCGAAUAAUGCAACUUUGUCUCGUCAUUACAGUAAAUUGACAAUUAAUUUUUCUUUGAUACAUUUACAAUUCACAUUGAUUAACAAUAGUGUUGUUUUUUUAAUAGUCCAGAGGAAAGAAAUUAUCAAAAAUUCGAAUGAAAUAAUUUUCUUUCUGUUCAAUAUCUGGUGGUAAUUAACUUGGGAUUUUUUUUCAAGACCAAAGUAAAUGGUUAUUGUAAAAAAUUCGUGUACAAUCGAGGGAAUAACCACUGAAACACCUAAAAAAUAUCCUCGAGCCACUGAGUUCAGGGCUACAUCCACAGAUUUUCUUAUUCUUUUAAAUCAUCUCUCGUGGCUACAACCACAUGAAUUCAAAAAAUUGAUUUUGUGCCGUGAUAUUUUGGUACACUCAUUCAUUAUGCAUUCUCGUAAUUCUGGGGUGAAGGAUUUUCGAUUUUCUUUCGGUUUUGGGGGGAUUUUUGAGGGCUAGAGUGAAAUGAGACAGAAAUUUUUCACAUUUUCAGUUCAAUCCUGCAGAAUUUUUCGAUUUACGCAUAAAGGAAUUUUACAAUAUAAAACGGAUAAACUGAAAAUCUCAAGUGAAAUUGGAAUAUCAAUUUUUUAUAAGAGAAAAAAAGGUAGUGACUUCCUCCGGCCCUCAAUGAUUCCGUCAGAAAUGAAAAAUAAUCCUGAACAAUAAUCUCUGGGUGAAAACUCUCGGGGAAAACUGGCACAUUGUCCGGGAAGACAGCUGUCACAAAAAUAACCAUUGAAAACACCUAAACUAAUCUAGUAUCUCAAGGUACUCUUAGUCGACUUUGAUCAUUCGCCUGUUCGUGCUUUAUUCAUCUCUAGGUAUUCAAUUUAAAUUCUAAUCUACAAACUCGGCCUUCAACUCCCCUGAUUCCACACAUCUACAUCAUUUUCCUCUCCUAUCUGAACUUGAGUUUAUUUAUUCAUCAUUUUAAUUGUCCUCUUUAUUUUUUUUAAUGAUAAUAAUUCAUUAGGUUCUCACUUAAUUUUUUUUUUUCAUCGAAUUUCGAAGGCAGCGCGUUGGUUUCAUUAGUCUUGAAAAAUGUUUCUUCAAAUUUUCUGGGAAUGCAGCCAACAAAU